AUGGCAAAGGGCACUCCAAACAAGAGUUUGGAGGCCACUUGUCUCUGCCGUCUGUCACGUAUGCACAUGCAGCGACGUCCAUCAGCCUCAGCAUCCUUACUACUCUCCCCGGCGGGUACGGGAGCGCAGAGAAAGCUCUUCAUCAUGAGGUCCUUCGUCCUACUGCUCUUCACACUGUUGUUGGUGUCCCAUGGAUCCUCAGCCGUCAUCACAGGGGCCUGUGAGAAAGACUCUCAGUGUGGAGGAGGGAUGUGUUGUGCUGUGAGUUUAUGGAUCAGGAGCCUGCGUAUAUGCACACCCAUGGGACAGGAGGGAGAUGACUGUCACCCCAUGAGCCACAAGGUUCCUUUCUUUGGCAAAAGACUCCAUCACACUUGCCCCUGUCUGCCCAACCUGUCGUGUAUCACCUUUGAGGAGGGCAGGUCAAAGUGUCUCUCACCGUACAAGUAUCCAGACUACUACCUCUGAGGACCAACACAGCAGUUACACUACUGUUCAGAACCUGCACUGGAACUAUUUUGUUUUUUUCAUUUUUUUAUUUUUUCAUUUUUUGGUUCAAGUCAAGUUACACAAUGUAUUUAAAGGAGAAUACAGUUGCUGAUUGAUGAAUGUAUAAGUUUUCAAGCCAAUUAAAAAAAUG